AUUUUUGGGCUAUAUAAAGUGGUCAAGUGCCGCCUUCAUGUAAUUAUAGUCCAGCUGUCCAGUUGUCCAGAGCAAAAUUCGUAGCCCUUGAGUGCGUGUUUUUAAAAUUACCUUUGAUUGAUACAGGAACACAGUGGCUGGAACACGUCCUCUUGACUUCACUCUCGGAAAACAAGCCAAUAUGAAAGCAAUUUUAAUGUUAUUGGUGAUUAUUGCUGUUCAGCACGCAUCAUGUCAAAAGCAGUACACAAACAAAUUUGAUAAUGUUGAUGUAGACGGAGUUUUGUCAAAUAAUCGUAUUCUAACCAACUAUAUUAAGUGCCUUAUGGAAAAAGGACCUUGCACUCCUGAGGGCCGUGAAUUAAAAAAAUUGUUACCAGAUGCAUUGCAGACGGAAUGUUCCAAGUGUACCGACAGCCAGAGGAAAAAUUCUCAAAAGGUCAUUAAUUUUCUUCGGGUUAACCGACCAGGGGAAUGGAAAUUGCUACUGGAUAAAUAUGACUCAAAAGGAGUUUACAGAGCUAAAUACGAAAAACAAGGCUAAAUUUUAUAUUCCAGUGUUUAUAUACAUAUAUUUUGUAUAUCCAAAACGAUUUAAAUUCAUAGUAACAGAAAAUAUAUAAUAAUUAUUUUAACUUUUUUCUAGCCAA